AUGGCGAACACCGAUUGGGAGAGGAGACUGAGAACGCUCACCGUGGCCUACACGUUCGUCAUGCUGUUCUUCGGCGUGUACAUCGACCUCUCCGACAUUUAUCACAGCUUGGACGACAUCGACUAUGUCCUUUAUAUAACUGCUAGCUUUCUAAUUACCUCCGUCGGGUGCUUGAAGCACGUCCUGUUGUGCCUGAACAAACCGAGAUUUAUGAAGUUAGCGAUGUACAUGAGAGCGAAUUUCUGGGACAUCGAGUACGACGAAGACGAGGAGGUGUACAUAGAGUCGACCAGAAAAUCUUUCACUUAUGUCGUCGCGAUCACGUGCAGCUGUAUGGUAUGCAUUGUGCUUGGUUACACGUGUAUACCAAUUUAUGAGACCGUCUCGGGAAACGCAUCAGUAAGAGCGCUUCCGAUUAGGAUGUGGCCGGUUCUGGGCCACAGUAUGUACGACACGCCGUAUUUUGAAAUUCUAUUCGUCAUGCAGGCAUUGUGUUGUCUGCAAGUCGGCGUGACCUUUAUAUCUCUCGACAACUUUCUGAUCCUCGUCAACACACACGUAGCCUGUCAGUUCCAAAUACUGCAACACAGGUUUUCGAAUUUGUUCGACACUAGCAGCAAACUGAUCGGACAGUCUGAUUACGCUGAUAAAUGUUACAAAGACCUGAAGGAAUAUAUUCGACAGCAUCAAGCGCUUAUCGAGUACUGCAACAGAUCGGAGGCUGUCUUUUCAUUGAAUAUUUUAUCGUAUGUGUUGGUAUUCAGUGUGGGAACUUGUUUAAGCUUGUAUCAGGCGCUUCUAGGUGAUGUAACUAUUGAACGACGGAUGUGUUUCAUGUGCUAUGUAGGUGGUAUUCUAUUUCAAUUGGUACUGAUUACUCAUUCUUGCGGCUCAUUGAUUACUGAAAGCAUGAACAUUGGACCGGUGGUAUACGCAACUUUGUGGCCCGCUUUGUCGACGAAUAGAUCCGGCAGAAUGCUGAGAAGAGACGUACACAUGAUCAUACUGAGAUCACAGAAACCCUGUCAGUUAACUGCUGGUGGAUUCUUUCCUGUGUCCUUGGAGACCUCUACUAAGCUCGUCAGUACCGCAGUGUCUUACUUCACACUGCUGAAGCAGUCAUCGGAAUCCUAAUUACCCGUAUGCACGUGAAUUGCAAUUCAUUU